AAUGCACCGCGCGGCGCAGCGAUGGAAUCAUGAGCUCGUGCGCGCUUGGGAAACUUCGGAUGAUCCGGGAUCAGAUUUACCAUUUGCGCACAGCCGACGGAACAAGCAAAACAAGAGCCCCUAUAACGAUCUCAGAUGAGCUCAUACUACACCGCCAACAUGCUUCCCAGACUGAGAACCGAUAAAACAAAAUUGGUCCUGCACGCUCCCAUGGUUUGCUGGAAAUUACAAGACCAGACUUGCUUCCCCUUCGGCAAUUUCAGAAAGGGGCAGGCCUUCAGUCAUAGUGAAACCUUAGAGUGUGUAUAAACCAGGGCAGCGAUAGAGCGGUGAGAGGAGAGACUCGCAGAUCUUUCAGACUCAACACUCUUCUAGCUUCUCCAGAACUGCAAUGGCUUCAUCCAUCAUGUCUGCGUUCUGUCUGGCUGUUUCUGCUUUGCUGCUCUGUUUCUACAGCAGCCCGACAGUGGCUCAGGCAGAUUUAGCACUGGACUGUUGUCUGACGGUCAGCCCAAGAGUCAUUCCCAAACACGUUAUUCUCGCUUACCAGAAGCAGAGCAGAGGUGACGGCUGCCCACGUGAUGCUGUUAUAUUCAUCACCAGGAAAGGAUUGAACCUUUGUGCUCCGCCUGCCAGUGAAGAGUCGUGGGUAAGAGACACCAUGACGUUUCUGGACAAAAGGAGGGAAAAGUGCAAAGAAACAAGGUUCAUCGAGAGACGCUGUCAUGCUCUGAAAUUUAUGAAGUUCUGAGUGAACACAUACUGUGUGCACAGUAAUAUAUGCAUUAAAUGGCAGCUGUUUAUGCUAAUGAAAAGAGUACAUUCCUCCUAAAUAUCUCUUUGUUUCUUCAGUUGUUUCUAUUUCAUCAUUCAGUUUGCGAUUUGUAAAUUCACACAAAUACUUUGUUACAGUCAUAUUUUUGCAUUUUAAGUGAAUAAAGUCUUUGACAUCAUU